AUGCAGUCAAAUCACGUUUUACCGUUGUUUACAUGUAGGCAACGACCUGAAAGUCUCAAUUCUCCAGAAUAUGGUUGUUACGAUUCUGUUCCUUCUUCUAAGCUCAAUUUACCAGAAAAUGGAUGUUACGAUUCUGUUUCUUCUUCUAAGUUCCAUUUUGUUCACAGCAAGAGCUCAACCAAGAACCACCAUCAUCAGACCGGCAGAAAACAAUCGUCUGGUCACAAUCUAAUUUCUGAUGUAUCCGAAACAAAUCAUACAAGGGGAAAGUUUCAACUCAUUAUGCAAAGACAUGGGAAUGUGGCGCAAUACCCAGUAGAUUCAGUGGAACAGGAACCUGCUUACUGGAGUACAGGCACAUCUAAUACCGGAGAUAAUGUGACCCUGAAUCUUGAUAGUAAUGGUCAGAUUUACCUUCUGAAUUCUAUCGCAUUGGUUGUGAAAAACAUUAUCGAGAGGUUAAGUGUUUCAGGUAAUCUUAUCUACCGUGCAACAAUUGAUGCAGAUGGAAUAUUUCGAUUGUAUUCACAUAGUUUCAACCAAUCUGGUAAUUGGUCAAUCGAAUGGUCAUCCUCUAAUAAUAGAUGCAAUCCUAAAGGCUUGCGCGGUGUGAAUAGCUACUGCACUUUAAUGGAUAGGGAACCUGUAUGUCAAUGUCCUCGUGGUUCUGAUUUCAUUGACCAGGGCCAGGAGGACCUGGGAUGUCAAAAAAAUUACAGUGCAGAUGCCUGCACUAGAAAGAGUGAACAUAGCUUUGAUGUUUAUGAACUGAGCAGUGUGACCUGGGAAGAGGCCUUAGCUACUCUCCAAGAGCUAUCAAAACAUGAUUGCAGAGAGGAAUGCUUCAGAGAUUGUAACUGUGAAGUUGCCUUCUAUGGAAGUGUAAGGCAAGUAUGCAAAAAGCUGAAGCUCCCGUUAAGAUAUGGGAGAAGACGAUUGGGAGGUAGCAUGACAACUUUUGUAAAGAUCGGUACUGGGGUUAGGACAAUAGUUGGAGGGAAAGGAAAGAAGCGUAGAGUGCGAAUGGACAUCUUCAUUACUGGCAUUGGAUCUUUGAUGCUUGCAUUUUCUGUUUUAGCAGCUUCUGGCAUUCUUAUAUACAGGCACUGCAUUCAAGAGUCCAGAAGGAUUUCGGAUCAGAGAGAUAGUACAUUUGUUGAACAAGUCACUUUGAAAUCAUUCACAUACGAGGAGCUAAAACAUGCAACUAAUAAUUUCACGGAUAAUUUAUCAUUCUUCAACAAUAAUAUUGGAAGAGGAUCUUGUGGGGCAGUUAUUAAGGGGGUCAUAUGUAAAUGCAGUAGAAUUAUAGCCAUUAAGAGACAAGAAAAAGUGGUGGCUGAAGGGGAGAGAGUAUUCAUGAAUGAAAUGAAAACAAUUGGGAAAACCCGUCAUAAAAAUUUAGUUCAAUUGCUUGGUUACUGCCAUGAAGGAUCCAAUAUGCUUCUAGUAUAUGAGUACAUGAGCAAUAGGUCACUUGCAGAUUUCUUGUUUAAGUUAAGAUUAAAGACAGAUUGGGAUGAAAUAAUUGCUAUAACACUGAACAUCGCUAGAGGAAUUCUCUACUUACACCAAGAUUGCGAAACUCAGAUCAUCCACUGCGACAUCAAACGUGAAAAGAUACUCAUGGAUGAGAAAGAAUGUGCAAAAAUUGUAGAUUUUGGUUUGGCCAAGCUAUUGAUGUCCAACCAAACCAAAACUUCUACACGAAUUAAAAGAACAAGGGGGUACAUUGCCCUUGAAUGGUGGUACCAAAACUCACCCAUAACUGUGAAGGCAAAUGUGUAUAGCUUUGGAAUAAUUCUUGAGAUCAUUUGUUGCCGAAGGAGUUUAGACAUGAAUGCCCUAGAGGAUGAAGUAGUUCUCUAUGAUUGUUUCAUCAGCAAAGAAUUAGAAAAGCUGGUAAAGAAUGAAGAAGUCAAAAAGAAUAUGCUAGAGAAGAUGGUUAAGGUGGGAUUAUGGUGCAUCCAGGAUGAUCCAUCAGUGAGACCAUCGAUGAAUAAGGUUAUCCUAAUGCUAGAACGGACAGUAGACGUACCAGCCCCUCCUUGUCGUUCGAGUUCCUUUAUUGGUUCUGUUAGAAGUUCCUCCACGAGUUCCUCGUAG